CAUAGUGAUACUAGGAGUGUAAGAAUUUAAUAACAGAAAUUGUAUAAUUAUAUCAUUAGAGUUUCUAGUCAUUUUUUGUAUUAUCGUCAUUGUGGUAAGGAGAUGAAGGCGUGGGCGGUGUUGCUUCUCUCUGUGAUAGUAUACGCUAAGCAUGACCAGUACGAGGGGUGGAAAUCGUAUUACUUAGGACCAAAAUCCCAAGAGCAAUUGCAAUCUAUUGGUCCCUUAGUCCAGCAAUUUGAGUUAGACGUUUUCAGCUACGUAAACUUGGAACGAGAGGGUGUGGUCCUCGUGAAGCCAGAACACCAAGAUGGAUUCACCAGGGCAUUGGAAGAGAAGGGCAUUGCUUACAGGAUCCAUUCUGCUGAUGUGAAGACAGCUCUUGAAUAUGACGACAUAGCUGUUGAGAUAAAAAGGCGUGAAAAUCUUGCACGAAAAGGCAAAGAGUUGCCUUACGACAAUUACCAAGAAAUAGAAGAGAUUGCGGCUUACCUCACUGAUAUUGCUGAACGAUAUCCAGACAGAACUACUUUAGUCUCUGGUGCCGAUUCCUUCGAAGGUCGACCGGUUUAUUAUCUAAAAAUCUCUACUACUAACUUCGAAGAUACCAGAAAGCCGGUGAUCUUUAUUGAUGGUGGCAUUCACGCAAGAGAAUGGAUUUCUCCGCCUACAGUCACUUGGGCCAUACACAAGCUUCUAGAAAAUGUGACGGAACCCGACCUUCUGGAACGUUUCGACUGGAUCCUGUUACCUGUAGUUAAUCCAGAUGGAUAUAAAUACACUUUUACAAAUGAGCGCAUGUGGCGCAAAACACGUUCCACUGACCAAACCAAUACAAGCAUAACAUGCCCAGGAGUCGACGGCAACCGCAAUUAUGAUUUCUUCUGGAAUACAGUUGGAACUAGCAGUAAUCCGUGUUCUAUCACUUACGCGGGCAGCAGACCUUUCUCUGAAGUUGAGACGAGGGUAGUUCGUAGUAUUCUUCACGAGCAUCUUGACAGAAUAGCGUUAUACCUAACCAUGCAUAGUUUUGGAAGCCUAAUUCUCUACCCUUGGGGCAAUGAUGGCAGUCUAUCUCACAAUGCCUUGAACCUCCAUCUGGUAGGUGUUGCUAUAGCUGAUGAGAUUUUGGCUCAUACGUUACCUAUCUUCCCUAGAUAUGUGGUAGGUAAUGCUGCAUUAGCUAUUGGGUAUGCAGCAUCUGGAGCAGCUGAAGAUUAUGCUCAUUCUAUUGGCGUUCCUCUAUCGUAUACCAUUGAGCUACCGAGUCUUGGUCAGGGGUUCAUUCUAGAUCCAAGAUACAUUGAGCAGGUUUGCCGUGAGACUUGGCAAGGGAUUGUCGUGGGUGCAAGGAUGGCUGGAGAUUUAUUUGUCUUAUAAUUACAAGGGUAUUUUUUGCAUUAUUAUAAUUUGUAAAAA